CGUAGCUUACGUCAUUUUCUCGUGGGUUUCUUCCUCAACCAUCGCCCUCCAGACAUCGGACCCAUCUCCUCCGCCCCGCACCGGAAUCUCUCUCUCUCCCCCCCCGUAUCUACAUAUAUAUACGCGCAGUUAUACGUAUGUAUAUCUUUCUCUCAGGUAUUGCGAUUUAGUCGGAGAAGUGGGGGCAAGUUCGCAACUAUCGAAGCCCCACCUCAAUCUUUGUUCCCUAUCUCGAUCCAGGUAGAACCGUAAACCCUAGCGCUGAAAUCGUAAAAAGAUCGGAGCACGAGAGAAAUAUGAAAGAAAGUUUGUGUAUUUCGAAAUAAAAAGUUGAGAUUGCGGCUCUGGUUUCGAGAAAUCUUUGUUGUAAAUUCUAUAGAUCAUCGCGUGGAUGUGUGAGUUUGAGUUAGAAUUUGUAUGAAUGUCUUCUUGAAUGAUACUUUGAUGGAGUGGAGCUAGGAUUGAUUGUUGGUACGAUUUUUACCAUUUCUUAUAUGAUUCUUAUUCCGCUGUUCGUGAUAAUGGGGGUGGCGGCAUUAACUAAUUAUGAUGAUUGGUGACUGAGUUAUAGUGAAUGUAUUGUUUAUUUGCCUCUCCAGGGGUUGAUUAUUAAUCGGCCACGGUUCGUGAUAAUGAAUACGAGUAGAUAGAUUGUUGGUUGUUGUGGUGGGCAAUUCUCAGUUUAGAUUAUGCUUGUAUUAGCUGGUGUGGGAAAGUUAUCACCCCAUAAUUCAGAAUGAGUCUUCUUGACAGUGAAGAUCGAGAGUUGCCGGAUUGCUCCUCUGGUUUAAAUAGCGAGACGCAUUCAAAAUUAUCUUACACAAGAGAGUUCCUUUUGUCAUUGCGUGAGUUGGAGAUAUGUCAGAAGCUUCCAACUGGACUUGAUCAAUCAAUUCUUAGUGAAUUGGAGAGUGUGGUUGCACCUGAUUGCCAAAGAACUGCUGGUGGAUUUCCUUCACAAGGCUUCAGACGCCAUGAGUAUGGUUCAUCCCCACCUAACAGAGGAGUUUCUGGACGAUGGGAAAACCGUUUUUCUGCUCGCAGUGAUCAAGAAAGUGAUGCACAAUCUGUUCGGGAUUCAGAACCUAGUAGGCGUCCUGGCAAUCAAUUCCGGCGGUUUGGGCGGAGUUCUGAGCAUGAUGGGCUUCUUGGAAGUGGUUCUUUCCCAAGACCAUCUGUUUACACACCAUCCGGAGUGCCUACUCCAAAACCACGGGGCAAUGAUAGUUAUCAAUUUAAUAAGAGCAAUGAGCCUUAUCAUCCUCCCCGCCCUUACAAGGCAGGACCUCAAUCUCGCAGAGAUGCGAGUGAUUCAUUCAACAACGAGACAUUUGGUUCAGUUGAUUGUGCAAGUGAGGAUAGAGUGGAGGAGGAGAGGAAGAGGAGAGCAUCUUUUGAGUUGAUGAGAAAGGAGCAACAUAGUGCUGCUUCCCAAAAGAAGCAGAUAUUGAAUCUGGACGAAGUUGAAACUGAAUGUGCCUCGGACUCAGUCAUGUCUGCAUUGGCAGAAGAUGUUAAAGAGGAUGAAAAACUCUUCGGAAGAAAGGAAUCAGAUGCAUCUACCACUCCACUUGAAACUGAUAAUGGUUCUGGGAAAUCUUCUGUUUCUCUAGGUUCAGUGUCAAGACCACUUAUACCCCCAGGUUUUAAAAGCGCCCUCUUGGAAAAGGAUUCUGGACAUAAAGUUUUGACUAACGCUUCUUUGAAAAAGGCUGGAAAACCUGAAACCGUGGAAAGCUUAGUACAUUCUGCGGUGGACCCCAUACAAAAUGUCAUUUUUGAUAGCUUAGAGGGAAAGGCAGCUCUAUCAUCACAAAAUCUUGUCUCAAUUGACCAACAGCUUGAUGAUAAAAGCAUGAAUGCACCUCUUUUGAAGAAGGGUGAUCAGAUAGAUCAUUCUAAUAAAAUGGAUUGUAUGGGUGAGAGCAUACAUCAUCCGUCAGGUAUUUUGGGUACCAAACAACUCAAGGAAAAUCCUGAAAUCAUAGGGCUUAGUGCUGUAUUUUCACCGGAGGAAUUCGAAGAUAAAUCUAACCUGAAUCAGUCAGCAUCUAUACUGGAUAAAAUUUUUGGAAGUUCUACAUCAUUGGCUGUUGAUGAAUAUGAGUACGAAGAUACAAAUCCUGAUGAUAAAAGGAGCUCAAGAAACAUUAAAUCUUCGAAGUUUGCACAUUGGUUCUCUGAAGAAGUAGAAGCCAAGCAAGGAGGUGAUUCCACAUCUAAUACACCAAGUGAUUUACUUUCAUUAAUUGUGGGCGGUGAUAACCACAUACCACAAGUUUGUGAUGUUAUGUGCUCUGGUGAUACCCCCGAUACCAUUAUGCCUAAUGUACUAGCUGCUGCAACACCUGAGAAUUGUGAACCACCACAAUGUGCAUCUAAUAGAGACAAGGUGGUCCCAUCCGUCCUUACAUGUGAAGAUCUUGAGCAGACUAUUUUGUCAGAGUAUAGUGAAAACAGUUCGAAUUUGCAAUCACUGUUUCCAGGUUGGAGUACAAAUCCUGUGCCCGAAGAACCAAGAAAGGGGCCUGUUGAUGAUCACGCGUCUCAGCACCUUCUUUCUUUAUUACAUAAAGGACCAGAUCUUGGUAACAAUAAGAUUUCUAAUUCUUGUGCUGAAGAUAAUAGUAAGUCAGUGGAAGAAGGAAGUCACACUCUUGGUAAAACAAUAACUCUUGAAACACUUUUUGGAACUGCAUUUAUGAAUGAGCUACAAUCCAUGCAAGCUCCUGUUUCUAUCCAGAGUGGCUCAAAUGCUUUUGGACAGAUUGAUAACAUGGGAGGUUCCAGAAGUGUGAGUAAUGACAAUAGUAUCUUUGUUGAUAGAGAGAGAACAAAUAAACUUGAUAAUCCAGUGUUAUUAGGGUUUGAUGAUUCUCUAACUGACCCUAACUCAAAGUACCAAACUGAUUGGACUUCGUUCAAAAAUAAUGAUCCUGAUGGGCUACUAGGAUUACGGUUGCCCAAAGAGGAUAGCUUAUUAUUUAGUGGUGGAAACACAGUACAUCCCCAGGUUCCACUGCAUGCGGAUAAUAUAAACUUGAAUAGAGGUGAGUUCUUGUUACCUGGUGCUACAGUUGGUCCAAGAGGUGUGCCCUUUCUACAUAGCUCUCAAGAUCAUCAUUUGGAGCCUGAGAUGUUCCAAAAUCUUUCCGCUCAACCGUCAUCUUCACAGUUUUAUCCCAUGCAAAUGACUCAAGGGAGAUCAUCAUCCAUUCAUCCAUUUGAGACACUUCCUGCACAUUCAAAUUCACAGAUGAAUGUUAUGGGUCCAGAUAUGGCAAGGAACCAGUUUUCUGGAAAUAUGAUGCGUCAACCGUUUCAUCAAACAGGGUUUGAUCUUCUUAACCAACAUCCUACAUUGAAGCAACAGGUGCAAAUGCCAGGAAAUUAUCCCCACUUGCUACAUGACCAAAUAAGAAGUGGUCCCAUGUCUCAUCCUGGCGGCAACCAGCCAGCUUCUCUUUUGCAGGAACGGAACCCAAUGCAAGGGUUAUCAUAUGGGAUGCAGCCACCCAACAUUGACGGUUUUGGGGUUCCAAUGCGAGCUGAUAUUAUAAACCGUGGAACUAAUCAACCUCCGGGAGCAAUCCAGAGACUUCUUGAGAUGGAAGGCAGGGGGACCUCGAAGCAAAUGCAUCCUUUUGCUGGUGCUGGCAAUAGCCAAGGAAUGUAUGGUCAUGAGCUUAAUAUGGGUCAGCGAUAUAGAUAGAUACAGAGAGGUACAAAUGUUUGGAUAUUUACGUUUUUAAGGGCGGGUGGGCAGGACGGAGUCGAGUUUGUGCAAGUCUUUCUAUUGAAGAUGCAUGUAUAAAAGAAGCUACAAAGCAUAGGAGAAGGGAAGGCCAAUUCCCUUCACAACUUGGAAGCACUAUUAAUGGCUACCAAAGCAUAUUAUUCUAUGUAUUGUGUGCUCUUCCUAUGUUAACUCUAUAAUAAACUUAUAAUUUUCUC